AUUUCACUAAAGUUGCUCAAUAAUAAACACCCCCCUUUUCUUUCUCCGAAAACCCUAGAGGCCCUCGAAAAGCUCCCACAACCAACCAUGGGUCUUCUCUCUUGGUUCAGAGGUGGCUCGAAACCUCAAACCCAAACCACACCCAAGCCCAGUGAGACCCCGAAACCCGUUCCCGGAAUGAACGGCGCCGUUGAAGUUCCCCGACCCGAGAAUGUUACGGUGUUCGAAUUCGGGUCUGUAGCUGCUACUGCAGAUAAGGUUACGUUAGCUGGAUUCUGCCCGGUGUCCGACGAGCUUGAGCCUUGCCGCUGGGAAAUUCUGCCCGCGAAUGGAUCCGACGGUCCCCAGUUUCGCAUCGUCUUUUGACAAUGAAAAAUUGGUUGUAAGUCGGUAAAAAAAUUGAUCCUAAACAUGAACAUAAGACUCUUUCUUUACUGAUUAUUGUAAUUUUGGGUAAUGAGAAAUACAUUAUUCUGAUGAAUCUUUUUUUAUUUCUUAUUUUGAUUAUAAGAAUUUAAGUUAAAGGGAAUUUAGAGUAAAUGAAAUAGAGUUCUAACCGAUUGGAAAUUUACUGAAAGCCGAUUCGAAAUGUUUUCAAUUGCAUUAACUAAUGUUAUCGAGGCUUGACUUGGUUGGUGUAGAAAUGUGCAUCAUAUUAGCACCAUUUCAUGCCUCCGAA